CAAAAACAGAAGACUUGUUGCUUGCGUAUCAUAAUACGACGCCGUAUCUCUACUUGCUCGAACAAACCCAAAAAGAUACAUAUCAAGAGAUUAAACCUUAUCCAACUAAGAGAAGCCAUUUUUAUUUUUUUUGGGUCUCUGAGUUGUGUAUUGAGCUUCAUCUCCUUCAAAUGGCUUCCUUAUCAACCACUUCCCUAAGCUUCAAAGCUCCGUCCACCACAAUUUCACAGGUUUUAAGGAAAGCCUCAAGUUCUCAGUCUGUGACCUUUGGUCGUUUCACGUCUUCAACAAAGAGCCUUCGUCUUCAAAUCAGUUGUGCCGCGAAAGCAGAGACGGUGCAGAAAGUGAGUGACAUUGUAAAAGAACAAUUGGCUUUAGCUGCUGAUGUUCCGCUCACUGCUGAAUCCAAGUUCUCUGCUCUUGGUGCCGAUUCUCUCGACACCGUGGAGAUAGUGAUGGCGUUGGAGGAAAAGUUUAACAUAAGUGUGGAGGAAUCUGAUGCUCAAAACAUUACGACCAUCCAAGAGGCGGCUGAUUUGAUAGAGGACCUUGUUCAAAAGAAACCCGCGGCGGAAACUUCCUGAACCGGCUGUCUUUUCUUUCCUGACCUAUUCUUGCCUUCAGAGCGUUUUAUUACGGUAUAUUAGACCGUUUGUUAUUUUUAUUUAUUUCGGAAGCUAAGAUUGGGUGUUGACAAUGAGACAACUUUGGUACGUUGAGAUUGAUUCUUUGUGGUGAUUGGUCUUAUGACGAAUUCAUAAUUGUGUAUUGUUUCACUACCACCUGGUCUUUUCUGUAUUUGAGUUAUGACAUCGUUUUGUUAGUCGUGGUUAGGUUAAGUUAACUACCCUCAAAGAAUGAAAACGAGAGUUGAUCUUAGGUGAGUUGGGUAGUAUCAAGUAGGGUAAAGCAGAUGUAUACUGUCUACUCAAAUAGAAUGGGUGUGAAAAAAACAUUACCUGAAAAUAUGUAUGAAUGUAAUUUGACUAGGAUAUUGUUGGUUUUUUGGACAUUCUUAUUGGGUAAUCUCAAAUAUAUUUGAGGUAAUUUCAAAAGUACUAAUAAUAUGGAUAUCCUUAAACUUUUGAGUAAUUGAUUUUUAUUUUAUUUUGUAAUGAACGUAU